GAUAACAAACCAUGGAAACAGCCAAUGAAAGUUGAGAAUUAGCAUCAUGUGAUGUUGGGAGUUGUAGUGUGAUAUUGAUGUCGUUUGUUUUGUAAGCAUCAUUUGAUGUUGAGGCUUGAACUAAAUCGUCACAUCUAGUUGAUAGUCAGAAAACUGAAAAUGCGUGAGUGUAUUUCUGUUCACGUCGGUCAAGCUGGUGUCCAAAUUGGAAAUGCAUGUUGGGAAUUAUAUUGCUUAGAACAUGGUAUCCAACCUGAUGGACAGAUGCCAUCUGAUACCACCAUUGGUGGUGGAGAUGAUUCGUUUAAUACGUUCUUCAGUGAAACAGACAGCGGCAAACAUGUACCCAGAGCUGUUUUUGUCGAUUUGGAGCCUAGUGUUAUCGACGAAGUUCGCAUGGGCACGUACCGAUCAUUGUUUCAUCCUGAGCAACUGAUCACUGGUAAAGAAGAUGCAGCCAAUAACUACGCAAGAGGUCAUUACACAGUUGGAAAGGAGAAGAUUGACAUUGUUUUAGAUCGAGUUCGCAAGCUUAGUGAGGCGUGUACAGGUCUCCAGGGGUUCUUGAUCUUCCAUUCAUUUGGCGGAGGUACGGGGUCAGGAUUUUCUUCAUUGUUGAUGGAAAGGCUAUCUGUUGAUUAUGGAAAGAAAUCAAAGCUCGAGUUUGCAAUUUAUCCUGCGCCACAAGUGAGUACCGCUGUUGUGGAACCAUACAAUUCUAUCCUUACAACUCACACCACUCUCGAACAUUCAGACUGCGCAUUCAUGGUUGAUAACGAAGCCAUCUACGAUAUUUGCCGCAAAAACCUUGAUAUCGAGCGACCUACUUACACCAACUUAAAUCGACUGAUCAGUCAAAUUGUUUCAAGUAUUACCGCAUCACUUCGUUUUGACGGGUCACUGAAUGUUGAUUUAACAGAGUUCCAAACCAACUUGGUACCAUACCCCCGAAUCCAUUUCCCCAUGGCAACAUAUGCUCCAAUCAUUUCAGCUGAGAAGGCUUACCAUGAGCAGAUCACUGUAGCAGAGAUUACCAAUGCUUGUUUCGAACCUCAAAACCAACUUGUAAAGUGCGAUCCCCGACACGGCAAAUACAUGUCGUGUUGUCUGUUAUACCGAGGAGAUGUCGUUCCUAAAGACGUUAAUGUCGCAAUCGCCAACAUCAAAACAAAACGUACCAUUCAGUUUGUAGACUGGUGUCCAACUGGUUUCAAGAUCGGAAUCAACUACCAAGCUCCUGCUGUUGUUCCUGGUGGGGAUCUUGCUAAAGUGCAGAGAGCUGUGUGUAUGUUGAGCAACACAACUGCUAUUGGCGAGGCCUGGGCACGACUUGAUCAUAAGUUUGAUUUGAUGUAUGCAAAACGUGCAUUUGUUCAUUGGUAUGUUGGUGAAGGUAUGGAAGAAGGAGAAUUUAGUGAAGCUAGAGAAGAUAUGGCAGCACUUGAGAAGGAUUAUGAAGAAGUUGGUAUGGAUAGUGUGGAUGAAGAUAACGAGGACGAUGGAGAUGAAUAUUAAAUGUUUUAAUAUGUAAAAACAUUGUAAGAAAGAAAUUAAGAAAUACAUCAACACCGUUUUUUAUUCUUGA